UUCAAUUUCUGGGUAUUAUUGGAACAAUCACGAAGCAAAAUAGCAAUAUUCUUCCCACUAAAUCCUAUCUCCUCUUCUUUGUAUUAGCGUUUCAGUUGCUUUGGGUCUUUUAUGAACUAUUAAAAGCUUAAUUGGACUUUUGUAAAGAUGGUGAUUCCACCGGCAGUGAGACCACCACGUCUCUUCGACUACCUCAAACCUUACGUGCUGAAAAUGCAUUUCACAAACAAGUUUGUUCACGCACAAGUCAUCCACUCACCAACAGCCACAGUGGCUUGCUCAGCGAGCUCACAGGAGAAAGCAUUGAGGGAAACUAUGGACAUCACGCGCGACGUUGCUGCUGCUGCAAAGAUUGGUAAAAUUCUCGGAGAAAGACUCUUGAUGAAAGAUAUUCCCGCUGUUACUAUUCAGAUGAAGAGAGAACAGAGGUAUCAUGGUAAAGUCAAGGCUGUUAUCGAUUCUAUCAGUGAAGAGAAAGAUGGGAAGAUGUUCAACGAAGAGGGUGUUUUUGAUUCAGAGUCCGAUUUUGUUUCUUCAUCUCCUGAUCUCCUUAUCGUCCGAACAAUGUUUUCAGGUGCAGUGAAACCAGAUUUGAAAGGAGUAUGUGUUUCUAAAGGAGGGCGGUUUCCGCCUUAUGAAUCAGAAGGAAAGCCUCCUAAAUCUGUUGGUAGAGGAUCCAAGGAUCUUACUCUGUGCCGGGUGUUUCGUAAAAGGACUUGUUGUACUGCUGUUCAGACAAACCCGGCUUUCGUAGCUGUCAGAAACUUGGCUACUUAUGGAGAAGCUAGUCAAGAAUGCUUGGAGUUGUUUGAGUUAUUGGAGUGUUCAAUCUGUAACCCAAAUGUUGGAAUUCAACCAGGUCCUCCUCGUAUUUGCGCCUCGUUUUGUGACAGAGUCUUUGAAGCCUGCAAAGAUGCAUACUUUGCCAGUAAUGCACUUACACGGGUGAUUGGCCCUUGCGGAGUAAACGACGACAUCGUCUGCGUUAAGGCCUCAAAUUGGGAAUCCAAUGGCACAGCAUUCUGUGAAGCAGCUGGUUUUGCUGUUCAAACAAAUCAUGAUUCUAGAGAAAAACCAUGUUACGGAAGUAAAGCAAGUCUAGAAUCAGUAGUGGAAUCAUGGUCAAGAGACUCUCGAAAGGAGACGCCUUUAAAGACUGAGACUUUGUCAUGUUUUAAAGAUCUUCUCCAAUGGGUUCGCGAAAUGACAACGAUUCAAAAGAUUUCUUUGGGAAUGUCGUUUCUUGUAGCAGGAAUGUUCUUGAUCAGGCUAUCUAAUAACCGUAAUCAGAAGCAGCGGCUAGCUGCGAUUCAGAGAACCGCUAGAAGAUUGGGAGGGAACGGGAAUGGGAAUCCAUACAGUGCAGCUAUAAAUAGAAGAACAAGCUCUGAUUAAGCUUAUGGAAGGAUAUUUUAAAGCAGUAGUUUGUAAAAGACCAUGAAUUAACUGUUACCAAAAGUAAAGGCUUGUCUCAAGUGGCAAUUUUGCCAAAUGCGACAAGAACUGUGUUGUACUGUUCUGUCUUUUUAUUAUACUGAUAAAAUUAGGGACAAGUAGAUAAAACCUUGGCAACAGAUUACAAAUGAAGAAAUGUGGAAUCUUGAC